AUGGCUGCUAUCUUACAGCAAGAUGACUCCAAGAAAGUUGCGCUUGAUACCUCAGGAGUAGUGAAUGCAUACGACACGAGUUCAAUCCAAAGAGCUUCCAUCUACAUAACCGACGAGCAAACCCAACGUGGGUUAUCUCCACGCCACGUGCAGCUAAUGGCUAUUGCAGGUAGCAUUGGCACUGCCCUAUUCGUUGGUAUUGGUGGUGUGCUGUCUAAAGCCGGCCCGCUCUCUUUAUCACUUGGGUAUCUAUUUUGGAGCCUGUUCUUUAUUCUGCCAUGCACACUCAGCGUUGCCGAGAUGUGCGCAUAUCUUCCUAUCCGGGGAAGUAUCUUUGAGCUCGCCAGCCGCUUUGUCGAUCCUGCUCUUGGCUUCUCGAUGGGUUGGACAUACUUUUACGGCGGUGUCAUGCUGGUUUGUGUGGAAUAUAGUGCUGUGGCCACCGUGAUGCAGUAUUGUGUAUGGGUUGCCAUGGCUCUGGUUGUCUGUUUCCUGCUGAAUGUGAUUGCCGUCAAGUGGUAUGGAGAGUCUGAGUUUGUCAUGGCGUCAACAAAAGUGAUUUUGAUCAUCGGCCUCAUUUUGCUUACUUUCAUCACCAUGUGUGGUGGGAACCCUCGAGGCGACGCUUACGGUUUUCGGUACUGGGGCAAUGGGAACGCCAUGCAUGCCUAUUAUACUGAUGGAGCAGCUGGUAGAUUUCUCGGAUUCUGGUCUGUAGUCAUUUACGCUGCAUUCACGAUCGGUGGCCCUGACCUGAUCUGCCUCACGGCUGGCGAGAUCCAGAAUCCCCGGAAAACUAUACCCCGAGUCGCUCGCUUAAUAUUCUAUCGACUGGCAUUUUUCUAUGUUGUUGGAGUAUUUGCCGUCGGAAUUAUCUGCUCAAGUCGUGAUGAGCGUUUACUGAAUGCUAUAGGCAACGGGGAUGCCGGAGCAGCAGCUUCGCCCUGGGUUAUCGGCAUCCAGAACCUCGGUAUACAUGGUCUACCCGAUGUGAUAAAUGCUGUCAUACUCCUUUCCGGCUGGUCCUGCGGGAACGCGUACCUGUACUCGACGUCACGCUCCUUGUAUGGGCUUGCUCGCGAUGGACUCGCUCCCAAGUUCGUUGAUCUCACCACGGGUGGAUUUGUCUAUGUCUACACUUGCAUGCUCUUAACAUUCCUCGGGUGGCAUCGCGCCUUGAAGGCUCAGCCAGAGGUGGUCCCGUUAUCGUCAUUGCCGUACCUAUCACCCUUCAGACCUUAUGGUGCCUACUUUGCUUUUUUCUUGGGUUGUAUCUUUCUUCUCUUCAUCGGCUGGAACACAUUCUCGCCCUUUGAUGUUGAAGGGUGGAUAACCUACUACUUCGCUACCAUAUUUGGCCCGUUGAUGUUUGUUGUCGGAAAGCUCCUUAAGAAAACAAGAUUAGUGAAGCCUUCUCAAGCAGAUCUUGUCACUGGAAAGGCCGAAGUUGAUGAAGAAUGCAAAGUAUGGGAAGAUCCUGCUGCGAUUGAGAAGGAAAGACUACGUUUGCAACAGAUGGACUGGCUUCGAAGAUUCUGGGAGAGACUUUGGUAG